AUGUCGUCCGCAACCACAUUCUACGACUUCAAGCCUCUCGAUCCCAAAGGCACCCCCUUCGACUUCACCCAACUCCACAACAAAGUCGUCCUGAUCGUCAACACCGCCUCAAAAUGCGGCUUCACCCCGCAAUUCGCCGGCCUCGAAGCCCUCUACAAAGACAUCCAAGCCACCCACCCCUCCGACUUCACAAUCCUCGGUUUCCCCUGUAACCAAUUCGGCUCGCAGGACCCCGGCACCGACGACGAGAUCCAGAGCUUCUGCCAGCGGAACUACGGCGUCAGCUUCCCCGUCUUGGGGAAAGUGGAUGUUAAUGGGGAUAAGGCGGCGCCGCUGUGGGCGUGGCUGAAGCAUGAGAAGCCGGGCAUCAUGGGGCUGGAGCGCGUGAAGUGGAAUUUUGAAAAGUUUUUGAUUGGAAAGGAUGGGAAGGUUAAGGGGAGGUGGGCGAGUACGACGAAGCCGGAGGCGUUGAAGGAGGCGAUCCUGAAGGAGUUGGGCGACGCUGGGAAGAAGAGUGAGUUGUAG